AUGUCUCAACGCUUCAGGUUGUCGCAGGGUAUCAAGAACACGGGGCGUCCUCCGAUCCCGCGGGCUUAUGCAUGGGCCGCUCUUUACCCUGCCACAGAGGCCCGUCCACUCCUUGACAUGUCGCAAGGAGUGCCUGGAGUGCCCCCACCCAAUAUGCUUCUCGACGCCAUGGCCGCUGCAUCUGCCGCGCCAUCCAGCUGCGGCUACCUGGCCAACGCUGGCGACCCUGCUCUGCUCCAGGCCAUGGCGAAGGAAAUGAAAGAGUGCUAUGGAGAGGACGCAGACAUCUUGGCAGAUGAUCUGGUAAUCACCGCAGGGUGCAACCUUGCGUUUUCUUCACCGCAAUGGUCCUUGCGGAUGCGGGAGACGAGGUCAUCCUUCCCGUUCCUUGCCGUCCUUCUCCACACCUACGCCAACGAGGGCUUCUUGCCAUCACCCGAGCGGUGCGCCUCACUCAUUACCUCCAAGACGAAAGCGAUCGUCCUUGUCACGCCAAACAACCCCACGGGCGCGAUCUAUCCCCCGAAUCUACUGGCGUCCUUUGCUUCGCUCGCACGUGAACACAACCUCGCGCUCGUGCUCGACGAGACGUACCGCGAUUUCGUCUCCUCCGGGGCGCCUCACCACCUCUUUUCACCAUCAUCCGUGGGUGACGCCCCACUCGACUGGGCCUGGCGUACGACGCUCGUCCACCUCUUCUCCUUCUCCAAAAGCUUCUGCAUCCCCGGUCACCGCCUCGGGCUCGUCGCCGGCCCACCCGCGUUCACCGCCGCGCUUUGCACCGCGCUGGACUCUCUACAGAUCUGCGCUCCGCGAGCUCCGCAAGCCGCACUCGCGCCUCUCAUCACAUCGGGGGCGCUCCGGCCGUUCGUGCAGGACAUGGCGCGCGCGGUGCAGCACCGGCACGCGCUGUUCAAGGCGCGUGUCCCCCCGCGAUGGCGGAUCGGGUGCCAAGGCGGCUACUACGCCUUCGUCCGGCACCCGUUCGUGGGGCGGCGGGCGGAGGAGAUAUGCGAGCGGCUCGCGCGGGAGGCGGGUGUCGUUACGCUCCCUGCUGGGUUCUUUGCGCCCCCGGCGGACGAGAAGGAAGGGGAGGAGGGGCGGUGGGUCCGGUUCUCGGUCGCGAACGUGGACGACCGGAAGGUGGAGCUCGUUUGCGAGAGGCUGGCGGAGUGCGAGACGACGUUUGGGUGGGAGCUGGAUUGA